CCUUUGCCUUAUUUGUAUUUUAGUUUUCGUUUUGGCUAAAUGGUAGAGUCUAUUCUGUAUUCAGGUACACUCCAAUAUCAGAUCCAGCAGUUUAGGGAUAUUUCGACCUAUUAGUCAAGACUUAUCCUGAUGGAAAAAUGAGUCAGUAUCUAGCCAGCUUGAAGCCUGGUGACACUAUCGCGGUGAGAGGGACAAUUGGGAAAAUUAGAUACUCACCAAAUAUGAAGAAACAUUGGCAUGGCGGUACAGGAAUUACGCCAAUGCUACAAGUAAUCGAGGAAAUCCUAAAGAACCCAGAUGACAACACCAAGGUGUUGUUGCUUUAUGCCAAUGUCUCCCCGGAUAACAUAUUGCUUAAGCAGAAACUCGACUACUCAAAUCUGAAGGUAAUUAAUCUCAGCCUGUGCCGCCGGCACGGAGGACAGAGGGGCCGGUGCUGUCGAGAGAGGAAGAAGAAGUUGCUAGGAAGUACUUGAUGAUAAGAACCUGGAUCAAUUAAUUAAGGAUCAUUUGGUCUUCUUAAUGAGAUUGUACCAUUUGUUAAAUUCUUUUAGUCAUUCUAUUUAUUCACAG